GCACCCUGGGCUGUAGGAUCUGUUUUAAAAGAGGACAGGCGAGGAAGGCGAGCCUCACAUCGGAGGUGGAUUCUGUUAAGGCAGGACAGAGGCACUGAGCGAGCCACCAGAGAAUACAGGAGGGCACCCUGAACCAGACCACCUCUUCAGCAAUAAGACAAGAGCAGUGGGGACAUGAAACCCUUUGUGGCAGCUUUCCUUCUCCUUCUCCUAGCUGUGUGCACAUUACAUGUGGAAGGAUCAAAAUGCAAGUGUUCCAGAAAGGGUCCAAAAAUAAGAUUUUCUGAUGUGCAAAAACUGGAAAUCAAACCAAGGCAUCCAUACUGCGAGGAGAAGAUGGUCAUUGUAACCAUGCACGUAUCUCGGCUUAGAGGACAACAAUACUGCUUACACCCUAAACUACACAGUACAAAGAAGUUCCUUAAGUGGUACACAAUAUAUAAGGAGAAGAACAGAGUUUAUGAAGACUAAGAGGAAAUUCCAUUUGCAAGAUACAAUGUCAGAGACAA